AUGGCCUGCCUCCUCCACAUGUUUCAGAAAGUUCUCCUCUUAGUGCUCUGGGCGGGGGUUGUAGGUGACAAGCUGCUGGUGGUCCCUCAGGAUGGAAGCCACUGGCUCAGUAUGAAGGACAUAGUUGAGCUCCUCAGUCAGAGGGGGCACAACAUUGUGGUGCUGGUACCAGAAGUCAAUUUGCUUCUGAAGGAAUCCAAGCACUACACAAGAAGAAGCUACCCGGUGCCAUUCGAUCAGAAAGAGCUGGGGAAUCGUUACCACUUUUUUGGAAACGAUCACUUUGCUGAGACAUGGCUCCCGAACGCUGCUCAGAUGGAGUACAGGAAUAGCAUGAUGGUUAUUGACAUGUACUUCACCAACUGCCAGAGCCUCCUGGAGGACCCGGCCACCCUGAGUGUCCUCAGGGAGAGCAAGUUCGAUGCCCUUUUCACAGAACCAGCCCUACCCUGCGGGGUCAUCCUGGCCGAGUACCUGAGCCUGCCCUCUGUGUACCUCUUCGGGGGCUUCCCAUGCUCCCUGGAGCAUAUGAUGAGCAGGAGCCCAAACCCUGUGUCCCAUAUUCCCAGAUGCUACACUCAGUUCUCAGACCAGAUGACGUUCCCCCAACGGGUGGCCAACUACCUCGUUAAUUACUUGGAGACCUAUCUGUUCUAAUGCCUGUAUUCAAAGUAUGAAGACCUCCCCUCCAAUAUCCUCAAGAGAGAUGUGCACGUACCCACCUUGUAUCGGAAGGGCUCCGUUUGGCUGUUAAGAUAUGACUUUGUGUUUGAGUAUCCCAGACCGGUCAUGCCCAACAUGGUUUUCAUUGGAGGGACCAACUGCAAGAAGAAAGGAGUCCUGUCUCAGCCAACUGUCACCUGUGAGGGCUUCCUGAAGAAGGGGAUGCUGGGCUCAGAGUAG